UGUUCGGUGUGUAGCGCUCAGGGAUCUGGUAGGAGCGCUUCGUGUGGAUCGUGUAAUCCUGUUUAAUCUAUAGGGAGGGAAAUAAAUAGGGAAUAAUAGCAGGAAUAAUGAAUAAUAAUACAAUAUAACGGACUGAGGUGGAUUUUGGAUGGAGUCAUGGAUGGAGACCACUGACGAGGCUUAAACCUGAUCGGAUUAAACCACAGGGUCCAGGGUUUUAUAUGUUAUUAUUGUAAUAACUAUUAAAAUUUAGUUGUUUUUGCUGCUUUGUUCAGCUCAGGGUGCCACCUCUGACACAUCUCUGUAAGCUUCCUUCCUUUUCUCAGCAUGUUUUUUUAUCAUUGUAAUACGAUCCAGAAGGUAGAGUUUCACCUGCUCCAGGUCACAGCAGGAGGACUUCAGUAGUUACAAUCCAGCUGAAACUGUUCAUUUCAGGACACCCGAGAAGGAAGCCGUCAUGGACUCAGCUCAGGUAGAGCCUGGUGGUUCAGUCCUGGAGCAGCUGGGUUUGGACCCAAGCUCUGAUUUCUCCGACUCGGGUGUGCAGCAGAUUCUGGAGGAGCAGCGCGAGAGAAUUCGCCGCGAGAUCCGCAAAGAGCUGAAGAUCAAGGAGGGGGCGGAGAACCUGCGGCGCGCCAUCAACGACAAACGCAACGCGCACCAGGUGGAGAACCAGUUACGCUCGUCCAAACGCAAGCUGGACGCUUUACACACACAGCUGCAGGAACUGGACGCACACAUCAUGGUGAAAGGACACGAUGACAGCAAGGAUGACCUCCCGCAUUCGGGGACACCUGGUCGAACGUCAGCCAAUCAGGAGCGCAUCAUGGCUCUUGAACGGCAGCUGAACAUCGAGCUGAAGGUCAAACAGGGAGCAGAAAACAUGAUUCCCAUCUACGCCAACGGAGUAACUAAGGACAAAAAGCUGCUGCAGGCCACACAGCAGAUGCUGCAGGACAGCAAGACUAAGAUCGACUUCAUCCGCAUGCAGAUCCACAAAGCCAAGCAGGUCACGGAGCACACAGCCAACUCCCAGGAUAAGACUGAUAUGUGUGGUGUGGAGUUGAGGAUCGAAGAGCUGUGGCAUCACUACCGUGUGGAACAUGCCAUGGCUGAAGGAGCCAAGAACAUGCUGAGACUGCUGGGAGCAGGAAAAGCUCAGGACAAGAAGGCUAUCACUGAGGCUCAGGGCAGGCUGACGGAGGCAUCCCAGAGACUGGAUUUAAUAAAGGAGUCUCUGGAUCAAAGGCUCCGCGAGCUGCCCGAGGAUCAUCCCAAAGCGUGUCUCAUUAAAGAGGAACUCAUCCUGGAGUCAUCUUCGGCGUUCAGUGGACGCAACAGCACCCCCUACGUACACAACCAGUACAGCACGCUUAGCAAACCAUCGCCACUCACAGGCACGCUACAGGUGCACUUGUUGGGGUGUCUUGGUCUGUUGGAAGUGGUCCCGGGUCGCAACAGGAGCUCAGCGGUGGUGCUGCCGCAUUUUAGCCCUGGUGAUGGACGAUCAUUCAAGCUCAGCAGCCUGAGUCUCAAAAUGCCCAGCAAGCAUGAAGAGCUUUCCUCCGAAGUGAGUGCAGUGUUAAAAGUGGAGAACACGUUGGUGGGUCAGACGAGCUGGAGGACAGUGGGAGAGCAGGCAUGGGACCAGAGCUUCACCAUUGAACUGGAGAGGUCUAGGGAGAUGGAGAUUGCGGUGUACUGGAGGGAUUAUCGCUCUCUUUGUGGCCUUAAGUAUCUCAAACUGGAGGAUUUCCUAGACAACGAGAGACACAGGAUUCACCUUGAGCUGGAGCCACAGGGUUUACUGCUAGCUGAGGUGAAGUUUUUUAACCCCAUAAUAGAAAGAGGUCCCCGACUCCAGAGGCAAAAGAAAAUCUUCUCCAAACAGCAGGGUAAAGCGUUCCUUAAGGCCAAGCAGAUGAACAUGGACAUCGCCACCUGGGUGCGUCUGUUAAAGAAUGCCAUCCCAAGCAGCACCUCCACCAACAGCUUCUCACACAACUCACACACACACCAUACAGGAGUGAUCCCAGAAGAUAAAACAGUCGUGGAGAGCACAUCUCCACUACGAUCACCUGAGAGCCACAGGAAUGAGGUGUCAGAUGCUGUCUCUCCACCUGAUGUAGCUCCAGAGCGGUCAAGCAGGCAUGGAUCCCAAAGUUCCCAGCACAGGCCGAGCAGAGGGCCGCUUUGUCUGCAGGAUUUUCGGCUAAUCGCUGUGUUGGGAAGAGGGCAUUUUGGCAAGGUGUUGCUGUCUGAGCAAAAGAGCUCCAAGACGCUGUUUGCCAUCAAAGCCUUGAAGAAGGGAGACAUUAUCGCCCGGGACGAGGUGGAGAGUCUGCUGUGUGAGAAGAGGAUCUUUGAGACAGUGACUGGAUCUCACCAUCCGUUCCUGGUGAACCUGUUUGCAUGUUUCCAGACGCCGGAGCACGUGUGUUUCGUCAUGGAGUACACGGCCGGAGGAGACCUCAUGAUGCACAUCCACGCUGACGUCUUCUCUGAGCCGCGCUCUGUGUUCUAUGCUGCUUGUGUGGUUUUGGGCCUACAGUUUCUUCAUGACAAUCAGAUUGUGUACAGGGAUCUCAAGCUGGAUAACUUGCUGCUGGACACUGAAGGCUUUGUGAAGAUUGCUGAUUUCGGCCUCUGCAAAGAGGGAAUGGGGUAUGGGGACAGGACCAGUACUUUCUGUGGUACUCCAGAGUUUUUGGCCCCGGAGGUUCUGACUGAUACGUCCUACACUCGAGCAGUGGACUGGUGGGGGCUUGGGGUGCUCAUCUAUGAAAUGCUGGUUGGAGAGUCUCCUUUCCCAGGUGAUGAUGAGGAGGAGGUGUUUGAUAGUAUUGUCAAUGAUGAAGUACGUUACCCUCGAUUCCUUUCCACAGAGGCCAUCAGUCUAAUGAGACGGUUGCUACGGAGGAACCCUGAGAGGAGGCUGGGCUCCAGUGAAAAAGACGCAGAAGAUGUGAAGAAGCAGCCGUUCUUUAGGGAUAUGGACUGGGAAGCCCUGCUGCAGAGGAAAGUGGUCCCUCCCUUCAAGCCCUCGUUAGGAGAAAAGGAGGACGUAAGUAACUUUGACGCGGAGUUUACGAGGGAGGCGCCCGCUCUCACUCCGCCUCGCGAGCCCAGGACUCUGUCACGCAAAGACCAGGACUGUUUCAAAGACUUCGACUACGUCUCUGACUUGUGCUAGUGUACAGAGAACAAGGGCUACAGAGAACAUGGACCAUAUGACCAUACACUGACCAUAUACUGUGACUGGGAGACAUGGGCUGUGUCCCAAUCCACCUCAGAUAUCCUUCCAGAUGCUUCCUUUUCUUUCUGUGCAAAGCUGCAGAACAAGGGAGGAUCGAGUCAGAGACAUGAAGGAGACGAGAUGGCUUGUGACGUGUGGAUCAGCGUGUGACACUGAGACAGAGGGAGAGAGAGAGAGAAAGAGAGAGAGAUCGAGAGAGAGUUAUUUGGAAUAAACCUUUAAAUGACUUAAAGAACACAAACACAAUUAUGUGUAAAAUAAUCCAUCCAUAUUCACAUCUCAGCCUUCAUCCUCAUCUUCAUCUCCAUCUCUACCUUUAUCCACAUCUCAGCCUUCAUCCUCAUCUUCAUCUCCAUCUCUACCUUUAUCCACAUCUCAGCCUUCAUCUUUAUUUCCAUCUCUAUCCCUAUCUCUAUUCUCAUCUCAAUCUCCAUCUUCAUCUUCAUCUCCAUCCCCAUCUCUGUCCUUAUCUUCUUCUCCUUCCUCAUCACUAUCUUCAUCUCCAUCCCCAUCUAUAACCUUAUCUCCAUCACCAUCUGUAUCCUCAUCUUCACCUUCAUCCUUAUCCCCAUCUCAACUUUAUCUUCAUCCCAUCCUCAUCCCCAUCCCUGUUUCUAUCCUUAUCUCCAUCCCCAUCUUCACCCUCAUCCCAUCUCCACCGUUUUCUACCACCCCAGAUCCAUCCUCAUGUACAUCUUUAUUUUAGUCUUCAUCCUCAUCUCUAUCAACCCCCUUAUGUCCAUUCCCAUCUUAAUUUUCAUUCCCAUCUCCAUCCUUAUUUUCAUCUUUAUCCCAAUGUUCCUCCUCACCCUUCAUCCUCAUUUCCAUCUCCAACUUCUCAUCUUCACCUCCACAAUCCGUUUCUCUGUUCACUUCUUUCUCUUCCUUUCUGCUCCAUCAUCAUCUUCUACUCGAUCUAUAAAUGAAUUGAUUGAGCCGGGGUGUGGAAGCUUGAGGAGUAAAUCUGGGAUUGGAUGCCGUUAGUGUUGUGUGAAGAACAACCCAGGAACUAAGAGUCACUCAGAUCUUCUGCUUCUGCUAAAUGAUCAUGAAUGUAAUAAAAGCACAUUACGAUCAACUGUCCUCACGUGGAAUUCUAUUUUUUGUGCGAGAUCUGUCCUGUCCCUGGUCUUCAACAAUUUCAGGAAGGUCAGUCCUUUGUUCUUACGUCAAAUGUGUCGUCUUUCUGUAGAAUCGCUGCAAUAAAAAAAUAAAAAAAUAAAUAAACAA